AUCUUACUCAUUCAAUAUUGCAGCCGCCACAGCUCCAAUUUAUACCUCAUCUCCCUGUAUCCGAAUAACCAAUUUGUAUCACACAAAUGGACAUUAUCAUCACAUUCAUAAUCACACUUACCUACAUACUCCUCCUUCUCCCUUACAAACUUUCCAUAGCAGCUGACUCCAUUCAUUUGUCACAAUCCAUCACCGAUGGCCAAACCUUGGUAUCCCAAGAUGGAACCUUUGAACUCGGUUUCUUCCGCCCCGAUGCUAACUCUAACAGAACAUACCUCGGUAUCUGGUUCAAGAACAUCCCUGUCCGGCAAGUAGUUUGGGUCGCAAACAGGGUCAAUCCAAUCACCGCCUCUGAUAGCAUCAUGUUAACAAUGAAUAGCACAGGCAACCUCGUCCUCACUCAAAACAGCACCGCCAUUUGGUUCACAAACAUUCAACAACAAGCACUGAAUAACAAUCCAGUGGCUGUGCUAUUGGACAGUGGCAAUCUUGUGGUGAGAAAUGACCGAGAAGGGUACUUGUGGCAGAGCUUUGACUAUCCAUCAGACACAAUGUUGCCAGGGAUGAAAAUUGGAAGAAGCUUCAAACUGGGACAAGAUUGGAAAUUGACAUCAUGGAAGAGUCCACAAGAUCCAUCACCAGGUGAAUUUUCAUGGGGUUUAGUACUCCAUGAUUAUCCAGAGUAUUACAUGAUGAAGGGAAGAGACUCAAGAGAGGUUAAAUUGUCCCGUUAUGGACCAUGGAAUGGGAAACAUCUUAGUGGGUUACCUGAGCUACGAUACAUAACAUGGGUGAAUUAUGAGUUUGUCACCAACAAAGAUGAAAUCUUCUACAGGUAUAGCCUCAACAAAACCAACUCGGUCAUCUCAAUCAUAGUGUUGAACCAAACUACUCUGUUUCGCUAUGUGUGGAUUGAACAAGAUCGAAAUUGGAGGACAUAUCGGUCGUUUCCUAAGGACUUUUGUGAUACUUAUGGACUUUGUGGAGCCUAUGGGAAUUGUGUGAUAACCAAAGGACAAGUGUGUCAAUGUUUCAAGGGGUUUAGUCCAAAGUCGCCACAAGCAUGGACAAUAUCAGACUGGAGUGAAGGAUGUGUCCGAGAUGAACCAUUGAGAUGCAAUAGUGGGAUGAACAAAGUUGGGUUUGUCAAAUUUGAAGGGCUAAAAGUUCCGGAUACAAAACAUGCUUGGUUGAAUGGAAAUAUGGGUCUUGAGGAAUGCAGAGAGAAGUGCUUGAAUAAUUGCUCUUGUAUGGCUUAUGCAAAUUCAAACAUAAGUGGUGGAGGUAGUGGAUGUGUCUUGUGGUUUGGCGAUCUAAUUGACAUAAGACAGUUUGAUGAUGGUGGCCAAGAUCUUUAUAUUCGGAUGUCUGCUUCAAUGUUAGAGGAAGGGACUGAACAGGGGAAUGAAGGAAGGAUUAUAAUUGCUAUCAUCAUCGCUUCAAUUUGUGGAUUGUUUUUACCGUCUACUUGUUUUGCUUGGAGAGUUUGGAGGAAGAUUGCUGAAAGAUCUCAUAUGGCUGAUAUAGAUCUCCCACUGUUUGAUCUAGCAACAAUUGUCAUAGCCACAAAUGGCUUCUCGAUGAACAAAAAGAUUGGAGAAGGUGGUUUUGGACCUGUAUAUUGGGGAAAAUUAGCAACUGGUCAAGAAAUUGCCGUGAAGAAACUUUCAAGCUUAUCGGGACAAGGAAUAACUGAGUUCAUCAACGAAGUAAAACUAAUUGCACAACUCCAACACAGAAAUCUUGUGAACCUUCUAGGAUGCUGCAUUCACGGAAAUGAACGAAUGUUGAUUUAUGAAUACAUGGACAAUGGCAGCUUACACUCGUUCAUUUUUGAUGAUACAAAGAGUAAAUUGCUAAAGUGGCAUCAACGGUUCCACAUAAUAUGUGGAAUCGCUAGAGGGCUUUUGUAUCUUCACCAAGAUUCUAGAUUGAGGAUUAUCCAUAGAGAUCUGAAAGCUAGUAAUGUUUUACUUGAUCAAGAUUUGAAUCCAAAAAUAUCAGAUUUUGGAACAGCCAAAACUUUUGGAGGUGACCAGACUGAAGGAAACACAAAAAGAAUAAUUGGAACUUAUGGGUACAUGGCUCCAGAAUAUGCUACUAAAGGAAUGUUUUCAAUGAAAUCUGAUGUUUUCAGCUUUGGUGUUCUAUUAUUAGAGAUUAUAUGUGGAAAAAGAAAUAGAGCAUAUUAUCAUACAGAUGACACUCUUAACCUUGCUGGUGAAGCUUGGACUUUGUGGAAAAUGGGUAAAGCAUUAGAGUUGAUUGACUCAAAUAUAGUCGAAUCAUAUGUUGAGUCUCAAGUAUUGCGUUGCAUGCAUGUUGGCCUUCUGUGCAUGCAACAAAAUCCAAAUGAUAGACCUAUCAUGGCCUCUGUGAUCUUGAUGCUAGCGAGUGAGGUGGAAUUGGAGGACCCGAAAGAGCCUGGUUUCUUUUAUAGUAAUAUUUCAAAUCAAUCAUCCUUACGCCAGAGUCGAAAGGAUAGAAGUUCAGCAUAUGAAGUAACUAUUUCUUCAUUUGAUCCUCGAUGAAAAUAAUUUAGGGGGUCAUAUUUGUGUAAGUUAUAUACGAAUACUUGUAAAGUCUAGUCUCUUUGCUCCUUAGUCUCCAUUCUUCAUAUAUAACCAUAAAGAUUCUUCUAGUCGUUUGAAUCAGCUUUUUCUCCGAAUUAUCAGCGUUUGGGAUCAGCAUAAUCUCAUGAUAAAACUCUUUGAUGAGCCAUCAUGCAGAAUAUUUGUGUCUUUAUAUCUUUUCAUAUGUAUUAAAUAUCCAAGACUCAUUAAAUAUUUAAAAAGAGAAAAGCAGACACAAUAUUGCA